CUGACAAAGUUUGACAAGGAUGUAGAUUUCGUGAAAUUGAAAUCAGUCACUAACAACAUUGAAAAUGGGAUUCCUUGAAGACGUAACAAAGCAGAGUACUUCCGUCAUCAGAACUACACUGAGUGACGAUACAUCUAUACACGUCCUGAACCGGAAGUUCUGUGUCGUUUCUCUGAUCAUACUUGCGCUGUUGGUGUGCGCAAAGCAAUAUGUCGGUGAACCCAUCCAAUGCUGGUGUCCUGCCGAGUUCGCCAAAUUUCACGUGUCGUAUGCCAACAGUUACUGCUGGAUAAAGAACACAUAUGGUGUCCCUUUUGAUGAAAUACUACCGGUGGAGGACGACGAAAGACAAGAUACAGAAAUAAUGUAUUACCAGUGGGUCCCUCUUAUCUUCGUUCUCAUGGCGUUCCUCUUCUACUGCCCAAAAAUCUUCUGGAAAGGAUUUUACCCCAAGUCUGGCAUAAACAUUAAGAAGACUCUGAAUCUUGCUAGUGAUGCAACGUAUCUAGGCCCAGAGAAACGCGCUGAGAGAAUGAUUGAUAUUGCGUCCUAUAUAGAUAAAUGGAUUGAAAUCAGAGACGGGAGAAGUUCCGCAUACCAGCGUAUACAAGCACUUAAGGAAAGCAUGGGGCAUCGUGGAAUACACUUCGGAAAUUAUCUGACUUUGAUCUACUUGAUAACAUGCGGUCUGUACACGGCGAACACUAUUGGGCAAUUGUUCCUGGUAGAUGCUCUGAUGGGCAAUGACUUUUUGAAUCUGGGUCCAGACUUUGUGAAAGGCGUAUCAACUAAUCAGAAAUGGGAAGACUUGAGGAGAUUUCCUCGUGUUACAUUUUGUGAUUUCAACAUUCGACAACUCCAAAAUGUCCAACGAUGGACCGUUCAGUGUUCCUUACCGAUCAAUCUGUUUAAUGAGAAGAUGUUUAUCAUCCUGUGGUUCCUGCUGGUGAUAAUGUCAAUUGUAAACAUCGUAAAUUUUGUAUACAACUUUGCUAUGCUUUUCUUCCCGCGGCGGAAAAACGAAUACAUCCGGAAAUACAUUGAUGACGAACAGCUUGCACCGGAACUGCGUCACAGCAGUAGACUUAGUGAUGUUCAGGUGAAAUUUGUUGACAAGUACUUGAGACAAGAUGGCGUCUUUCUCAUCUGGUUGAUCAGUCACAACACAAGCCCAGUUGUGGCGUCAGAGAUUGUAGCCAAACUCUGGAAGGACUACUGCGACAAACCACAUGUGAAGACAUUUUUGUCCCUGGAUUCAGAAACAUGA